CUCUAGGUUUGGUAACAGCAAAAGCUACUCAUAUAGUUUGGCCACCGAGUCGAUGGCAACAGUUACAGGCUACAAAACCCAACUAUGAGAGCUGUUAGCUUUGUAAAAAAAUUACAAUGGGAAUUACCGGGUACUGUAUGCAGGCAUGGCUUAACCAUAGGUGAUGUUGAUAAUGACGGUGAUAAUGAAUUGGUUGUUGGCACUACCGAAGGAGAACUUUAUAUCUUCAAGGGUUCAGAGUUAUGGCAGAAGAUUAUUGGCCUUGGCCUUAUAACUAGCGUAGCGAUCGGAGAUAUAUUUAAUUAUGGACGCAAUGCACUUGUUGUUAUUUGCUGCGAUGGAUGGACACAUAUAUUUUAUAGUCCCAAAUCUGUUAAUCCUAACAACUCUAACAUGCUGGCAGGCCAACAUAUCAGCAAAGAUACAAAUGAACAGGAUAUCUUUAAAGCAAAUACUGAUAUAGGAAAUUCCCAAAAUACCGAGACACAUGUUGACAAUACCAAUGAAAUCAAUGAACUCUCUGGAAAAAUGGAAUGUGUACAUGUACAAAGGAUCCCAACUAAUACGAAAAUAGUGCUGAUAGCCGAUGUCGAUAAAGAUGGUGCUAAUGAGAUGAUCCUUGGUCUGACAGAUCGUGUUGUGAGAUCUUACAGAUGGUCAAGUAAUGCUGAUUUGGAAAAAGGAAAAUUAGUUGGCCUAAAUAAGUGGGAGUGCACUAAUCAAAUAGGAACGGUUACAUUGCAACAUACUAGUGAUGGUACGCCAACUCUGCUAGUAGCACAGCCUGGUGGUACAUUCAUGCGGAUUAAGUGCAACUCUGAAGAUUGUCAAUCAAAGAAUAGUUCCUGCGAGGCUGUAGAUUAUCAGACCUUAGGGAUAUCUAGAAUGCGCAAUCAAAAUAUUUCAACGGAGAUUAUCGGAAAUUUAGAGCCGGGAAUAAUGCCAUUUAUUUCGACGAUCGAACCUAAGAUGUCUAGUUACAUGCCUAAAGAUAAAUUAUCAAAGCAAAGUUUCACAGACGACAGUCAAAUAGACAUGAAGACUUUCAAACCUGCUUCUCUCGAGUUCAAAAGGAAUUACUCGCAACCGGCGUUUCGAAAAAAUAGCCUAGAUAUGGCUGGUGAGUAUGGCAGAGACUUUACAAUAGAAAAUUCAGGACCAGUUAGAUUUUAUAGUCCUGUCGAGUCUUCAAGUACUGAUGAACUAGAUGGCAACUUUAUCGGUGGCAACGUUAUUCUCGGGAAAUACGAUAACAGAACUGUAAAAGAUACAUUGGUACCAUCUUUUAAAAAAAUUUCACAUAAUAAUAAUGAGAAUAAUAGUAAUAAUAAUAAUAAUAAUACCAACAAUAUCAGUAAAUCGAAUCAGCAAGGAAUUAUAAAAGAAGACACGGAUUCAAACAAUGAAGUCAUCAAUGAGAAUGCUCCGAAGGGAAAACCUUAUGCUUUGGCAACGCUUGAUGGAACUAUUAUGCUGGUACAGGAUGAAGUCAUUUUAUGGGCUAUGCAAGUAGAUCAUCAGAUAUUUGCCCUGUGUCGACUGGACGUCACAGGUGAUAAUUCUGAUGAGAUAAUAGCUUGUGCUUGGGAUGGACAGACCUAUAUCUUGGAUCAACAACGACAUAGCGUACGCUUUCAAUUUGAGGAAUCGGUCAGAGCUUUUUGCACAGGAAAUUACAAUGUAAUUCCAGGAACGUCUAGUCCAAGUUUGGUGUACAAUACUUUCAACAACAAGAUUUUUCUUUACUAUGACGUUAUUUUGCCGAGCAUGACGAUCACUCCUUUGAAUCCCACGAAGGACUUUGAAUCUGAUGAAAUGCAAGCCUUAGAUAAAUUACUGGGCGAGUGUAAUACAAAUGAGAAACAGCAAAAGAUACAGCAGUUAACUGAAUGGUUGCUGUAUGGCAUAGAUUAAAAUAUAUAACAAACGUUAAUAUAUGGCAAACGUUAUUAUAAUCAAAAGACACGAUAGUGUCUCGCGCCAAGUAAACGCGCAGCGCGAGACUGCACCGUGUCUUUACGCGAGUACGCGACUUGGGAUUAUAUAUACGAUGUGGUUCUUAUGUAACAAUAUACAUAUAUUUUAAGAAUCGCCCUGUAUAGGCAAAAAUUUACAAUAAAACCUGUAUAUUCUGUUA